AUGAAAAGUCUACCCAUCACUUUGGUUUUUCUCACGAUGUUGUCACUAAGUCAUGGCGCGGACGAGACAUAUGACGACAAUACGGCUGUGGUAACGGAAACGGUGGAGACGCAUCAAUGUAAGACGAAUGAGAUCUGGAUGGAGUGUGGCACAUGCGAGAAUAAAUGCGGAGAACCACGAGUGCCCUGCCCACGGAUGUGCAAGCCAGCCCGAUGUCAGUGUCUGACACAUAAAGGAUUUCGACGAAAUAAGAAAGGAGAAUGUGUUAAAUGCGACUGA